UAACAAUUUGUUUACCCCUGGGAUGCAAUGUGAAACCAAAAGAUGAGUCUCUCAACAGUCUCCAGUCUCUUCACCAGCGGCGUGUCAGCCUGGCCGCCCCCCGGGCCCCUCCCUUCUUCCUUCCAGUUCCACCAUCAGGGCUCCAACUUCGCCAUAUUCCUGAUAUUCUUCGCGCUGUGUAUGAUGGAGGUAGUGGUUCUUAGGAUCAUAACGGAGGAGCAAGCGAGGAGUGAACGCACUAGGAGCGUCACUUCCAUGUGGUUUGAUAUGGAUGAGGAGUGAGGAGUGAUGUGAUGUAAAGGUGAUUAGGGGUGAAGAUGAUGUGAAGUGAUCUGUGAUUGUGAUUAGUCUAGUGUGUGAUUCUAGCUUAUAAUGACUUUAGAUUUAUUUUUUGGAAGAGUUUGAUUGAUUCGUUUUUUUUUUUGUAUGUACUGAUGUUAUUUUGCUCAAUCUUUCCUUUUAAGUCUAUGAGUCGUUUUAUAAUUUGAAAUCUUUUUUGAUUAAUCUCAUAAUUAAGUCCGUUUGAAAGCAUUUUAAGUACGUGUUUUAAACUAGACUUUCUGCAUGUGCAUCCAUGUAUCUAAUAAAUAUUUUUAAAGCGAGGUACAUAACUGUCUGAGUUUAAAACAAUAAUGCCUACAUUAACAGUAUAUCUUUAAAGUAAGCUUACUGUAACAAUGUUCUGAAAAAAAAACUCUAUUAAACAGACAGUGAUAAAAUACUAA